AUGACCCGUCUCUCAGCUGCAGAUAUCGCAAUUGGCAAUGACAAUGCCCACCCGCUUGUUGUAGAGCGGCCAAUAGUCACAGUGUUGGAUGAUGACACCGGUUCUGCGAGCUUCUCACGAACUUCUCCGUCGUCGGGCACAUCGCGCACAUCGUAUGCCUCAACUCGAUCCAAUUGCCCUCGCGUAACAGAGCGCCAACGGAAUAAUAACUACAGUCUUCAACGCUCUAAAAGGGGUAACGACAGUUGGGUUCCCGGUGUAUUUUCUGCUUCUGGGAUAGGGAAUCACAGUCAGGGCUCUUCUGAACCUCUAUUUUCCUCCCCACUUGGUCAUGCUGUAGGCAACCAUGAUAGAGUUCUACCUAAGGAACGUGAGCCCCAGCCUGCGGAUGCGUCAAAGUCUGGUUUAUUCAACCUUGUGAAGUAUCCAUGGGGCAAUAAUCCAAUUGCUGUGGCGAUAUGGUUAGCUCAAAAGAUCAACAGUAUCAAAAAAAGCCAAGCUCCGCAGUCGUGGAUGCAAGACUUAGAACAGGACGCGCCAACAAGCAAUUUCUCUCGAAGGCCGGGGCGCCGUCAUAGUCAGUUACCGAAUGGCGUAUCUUUAUACGCCGUUAGUGAAGUUCACUUUCCUCGUCCUACCAAGCCCUGUCAACGCCUUUACGGAGAACAAAGGCCGUCGUUGGAUUCUUUUUCUACCCAAUCCUUUUGUUACCAGAUGGAUUUGGAAGCACGAAGAAUCGCACCAAGUCUGGUCAGAUUAAAGUCUUUCAAACCAGGAUAUGGAGAUAGACUAUUUGGCAUAAUGGCGGACGAUCAUCAAAUAGAUGUGGACACAGCUACUGCAGGGAAACUUGUGGUAGAUGUUCUUGCUACAUUUACUUGCUCAGAAUUGCAAUCACAAUGCCAAGCAGCUACGGAUGUCCUGAUUAAGGAGCUUGACAAGGAAACAUGUCAAUCUCCACGAUUUACAAAAAUAUUUACGAUGCUGUCGAACGACCCUAUUGUGACAAAAGCUGUGGAUUUCAUUGUUGCACAAAUCAACUCCUGUGAAUUUUCCUUGGGGUUGGAUGGUGAAUAUGAUGGAAUCAGGAGCUUGUCAAACCGCCACAACCAUCCCAAGGUAUCUCAUUCACCACAAUCCGUCAAUAAUGAACAACUGUCUAUUGAUACUAGGUCUCUGGAAAAUGAUCCCAACAGAUCCCGGUGCCGGCCGCCUACGUCUUUUUCCCUCUUCUCCUCCCCUCAUCCUUCUGGUCACUUCUUGCCAGAAAACACUCCCACUGAUAUCACCUCCGUGUCUAUGAUUGAAACUCAAAGUACAUAUAUCCCAGAAAGCGUAACGCCUUCCAUAAUGCCGCCUCGUCAAUCGAACCGCAUCAGGAAGCCCACACUUAGGGCAAUAGAGGCCAAACUCAGCUCGCAGGCGAGGCCGAGAGUCAAAAGCCGGGAGCCAAAAGCCUCGAAAAAGCUCGAAUCUCGGCCCACACAAACCGAAGAGACUAUCGCAAGAACCAGCAAGGAGUAUAAUGAUGUUAAAAGCGGCGUAGAUGUCACGAACAGGGAAGCUUCGGACAACACUGACAAUAUUGAUCUGACUCCACCCGUGUUGGCAAAGAGGCCUAUGACCGCGCUCUCUACUGACGAAAUUGCAGCGAUGGCCAGAAAUGAUGCUCAAAGGAGGACCGCUGCCGCAGGGCAACCAAAAAGAACUACGAUCUCUCGCUCUAUCGACGAGAUUGCAUCAGCUUCCAGCCUCAACAGGCUGAUGGACACAGGUAUAUCUAGACCCACGUUGCCCAAGCAGCAACCGAAGCCUCCCAAGUCAACAACGCUAUCUUCUUCUGCCACGCGUGCUUUGACCCCGGAAACAAAUGCUAUGGUGGAACAACUUCUAGAUCUAGCAACGGCUGCUUCGAAACCCGAUUUCCAACCAGAAAUUAAAAUUGAUCUCCACAAAGCUCGUCGGGAUUGGUAUGCUGAGCAGCUGGCAGCUGCUUUGAACAAGGCCGCUACCGAGAAAUCCUUAGAAACAAAUUGGGCGCAAACACACCAGGAGACGAUCCCAAACGGAGAUCUUCCUUCUUCCCAGCCUACUCCUUCCAAUCCAAAUUCUCAUUGGCUAGAGACUAGCGUUGCUACCCCUGCCACCCAGACAGAAGAUAUUGCACUCAGCAUAACUGGCCAUGCCGAUUCUGCUUGUGCAGCCGCUAAGGAUCUCGAUAUCCCGGCAGCUGUGGAGCUGGACGUGUCCAAGUGGCCUAUUUCGAGCACCAACCAGAAGUUUCUUGACCCAUCUAUCUUGUCCCAUUCCUACCUUCCUCGCCCGUGGACUGACAAUGAUGGCUGGAUCCAUACCGGACUUGGAAACGACCAUAACGAAGAAGACGUCAUUGUUCCUAAUUCUUAUACAUGGGUACGACCCAGGGAUUCGUUCAAUAACCCCCGUAUCGCUCCAUCACCUCCUCGGCUGAAGUCCCUUAUCCAAAUCGAAAUUGACGAUGUAUUCGGCUAUCCUCCCCCAGGCCGAAAGCCAAACCUUCCACAGGAUCUAGAAGGCCAAUUCGUCCCAGAGGAUGUUGCGGUGGAAAAGGAGAAAGCCAAGGUUUUCCGUGCAGCUCGGAUUCGAGGCAUCGCCAUCGAUCGCUCAGCCCUGCUGGAAGAUAUUCGGCUUGCCAUUAAAAAGCACGAUGAAAUUCAGGCUGCGAACGAGACAGCUUCAGGUUCCAGUGAUGGAAUUGAAACUGCCAAUGGAAAAGCACCUGGGAAGUCAUCCGACACAUCUGCUGGAACAAGCAAGAGAACCAAAGCAUCGCGGAAACGGAAUGCAGGUCAAGCCUUGGGGAUUGCUGCUCAGAAAGAGGAUGAGGACGACCCUCACGAAAAUUUGGGCAAUAUAUCAAGAAAUAAAAAACGUCGCCUAAACAUUGAUGUGCCAAUUGCCGAAUCGAGUAGCGCGGCUUUAGGACAUGGAAGCGAAAGUGGAAGUCCAGCAGAUGGGGAAAAUGUGGAAAUAAAUUUAAAGCCGAUUUUGCUUGCACCUCGUGGCCCGGGUCGCCCAUCAAGAAGUGCAGCGGCCAUUGCUGCGACUGCUGCGACCGCUGCAACCCGUGGGGCUGGAAAAGCCCGCCAGCGCCGCAAACACACUCAACUCCAAGCUCAUCCUGAAUCCAUUACUCCACCAGCGAGCCAAUCAGUUACAGAUGAGCCUGCGAAUAACUCUAUUGCUACCAAACCCAAAGACCGUCCCGCUACCGAAAAGGAUGCUGUUUCUGUCCCUUGCCAGGGCGGGCAGGAUUGA